ACAUGAGUUUUAAUUAUCAAUUUUACCAUAAUAUAAUCAUGCAAAAUCAAAUUUCUCUAACAAAAUUAGGCACGUCGUGUGCGUGCGUGUAGUGGGAUACGUACGUACGGAGUACUAUGCCAAUUCACCAGCGAAGGGAUUGGAUGGUGUUUUUUUGUUUAUAAUGUUCUUUUUCUUCUCUUUGGGAAAAGCGAAAAAGAGGAAUUUCUUUUCGGCCUUUUGGGUUUUUCACUGCCACCCAACCCACUUUCCUAGCCCACGCUUCCUUCCUCACUCCCUCACUCCCUCACUCCCUCACUCUCUCUUGUAAAAUGCCAUAUUGUAUUUGUUUUAUACAGAGAGUUAUACUUUGAUUCUCCUGUUCUUUUCUCCUUGUAUCAAGUUUUGGGUUUUUGUUAAGAAAGAAAAGAAACUAUUUGUUAGAUUUAAACAUUUCUUGGUUUGUGAGGAGGGACAUAGAAAGUGGUCAAGGCCAACACUCAAUCUCUUGCUUCUCCAAGCCAAGCCAAGCUAUCUUUGUUUCUUUUGUUGCAGAAGAAAGGAAUCCCAAUCCCACUCUUGAUGGGGGAUCAUUUUGUGCUUUUGGUGGAUCGGCUGCUUACAGAGUCUACCCUUGAAGCAGCAAUAGAAAGAAAAAAUCAGUUGCAGCAGUCUAUGAUCAUAGCAAGCCAAGAUAGUAUGGUUUCUUCACAUAAGAUAGAUUUAAAUAUGAGUUCAUCUUCUAGUAAAUUGGUUGAGUGUAGGAUUUGCCAUGAUGAGGAUGAAGACUUGAAUAUGGAGUCACCAUGUUCUUGCCGUGGUAGCUUAAAGUAUGCUCACCGUAAAUGUGUUCAGAGAUGGUGCAAUGAAAAAGGCGAUAUCAUCUGCGAAAUUUGCCACCAGCAAUUUAAAUCAGGUUACACUGCACCGCCUCCUUUGUUUCAUUAUGCUGGUGUUCCUAUGAACUUCAGGGGAAACUGGGAAAUUUCUGGAAGAGAGCUACAUAAUUCUCAAUUCAUAGGGAUGGUUACUAGUGAUGGCGAUUAUGUUGGUUCUGAUUUUGAUGACUAUCCAGUGCCCUCUACCAGAAGUAUAAUGUGCUUUAGAGUAAUUGCUAUAAUAUUUAUAGUUCUAUUAGUUUUACGCCAUACUCUACCAAUUAUAAUUAGUGGAGCAGGGGAGUAUACAAUGACUGCGUUCAUGUUAUUUGUGUUGAGAACCAUUGGAAUUCUUCUUCCGGUCUUCAUCAUGGCAAGAACAUUCACUUCCAUUCAGCGUCAACGAAAUCAGCAGGACUCUCAUUUAUCGCUCUCUUCAUCGGAUGAAGAAAGUGAAUUGCCAAAUCUACGUCGACAAUAUGUACAAAUUCGGUGAUGUUCGGUGUAUCUCUCUUAAUCCGAUGAUGAUCAAAUUAGAACAAGUAUUUUGUACGUAAUAUAAUGUACAGAAAAAGAAUACGAAAUCUACGUUUAGUAUCAUAAGCUUUUUUACAUGCCACAAAAA